GGCGCUGGGCGGGCUCCGCGUGUGAGGAGAGCCGGGCCGGGCCGGGCCAGGCCGGGCCGGGCCUGGGGAGGUGACAAUCAUCAGCCAACUACACGGUUGUCACCAUGAGUUUUGUUGAAUAUGGAGAUACAAUAAAGGAUGGUGACACAGCUAUUGUGUUCCUGGGCCACGAGUCCAUGUUUCCUGUGAAGGUCCAGCAUGGCACUGUAACACAGACGAAGUAUGGGGUCAUCAGGCAUUCCACAGACCUCAUAGGCAAGAAGUAUGGCUCCAAAGUCACCUGCAGUAAAGGAGGAUGGGUAUUCAUUCUUCAUCCUACUCCAGAACUGUGGACCAUGAAUCUCCCACACAGGACACAGAUUCUGUAUUCCACAGACAUCUCUAUAAUCACCAUGAUGUUGGAACUGAAGCCAGGCUCCAUAGUAUGUGAAUCAGGUACAGGCAGUGGGUCCCUCUCCCAUGCUCUCAUCCGGACAGUGGCUCCCACCGGGCACCUGUACACAGUGGAGUUCCACCAACAAAGGGCCGAGAAGGCGCGAGAGGAGUUUCGGGAGCACGGGGUGGAGCACCUGGUCACUGUGACCAACCAGGAUGUCUGCAAAAAUGGCUUUGGGGUCUCAAACAUUGCAGAUGCUGUGUUCCUAGAUAUUCCAUCUCCAUGGGAAGCCAUAGGGCAUGCAAAGUCAGCAUUAAAAGCUGAAGGUGGCCGCAUCUGCUCUUUCUCCCCCUGCAUUGAACAAGUUCAAAGAACCUGCCUAGCAAUGGAAGAAUAUGGUUUUACAGAGAUUAACACCUUGGAAAUUCUGCUCCGAGUGUACAAUGUAAGGACAAUUAGCUUGCAAAUCCCUGACCUUGGAAAAGCAGCUGAGGAUAAUUCUAGCACUGGUUUUGACUGCAGCAACCCAUCAGACCAAGGUAGCCCAUGUGCUAAUCUGCAGCAAGGGACUGUGCAGUUCAAGAGUGGCGUGCCACUGAGGGAGGUGGUUGGGCACACUGGGUACCUGACCUUUGCCACCAAGAGCCUGGUGUAGUACAUGCCCAGUCUGUACAGUCUGGAGUGGAGUUUGUGUGCAUUCUGUUUUCAUGGCUCUUUUUUGUAUGGCAUCCAAAGUUUUACUUGUCAGGGAGUUCCAUAUAAGGUCAGAUUUGGUUGGAAUAUGCUUUGUUUAAAUAGCACACAAGCAUUAAGCAGAGCAGUAUCAAGGGAAUGUUGAAACUCUGGAAUGGUGUUCCACUUGCUGUCAGAAAGAAGAUAAAUUAAUAGUGAAUGGCCAUUCAUUGGAAUGUGCAGAAUUAAGAUCUCUCAUAAGAAAGCAAAACAAACAACAGACAAAUUACAAAGAAGUUGGAUUUUUUUUCCUUCUUUUUCUCUGAAUUACUUUCCCAGGUUUACGUUUUUACGUUUUCCUAGCACCACUGGACACUAUUUUUUAAAUUUCUCUGGUAUCUGUGUUGCUCUGAAGAAUGUGUAAGUGCCUACUUCCACCAUUUUAGAUAAGAAAGUUCCAAGAUUAUAGGGUUGCCAGCACAACUGUUCACAGAAUCAGUGUUUCCUUGGAGUAGUGUUCCAGAGGAUUAUUGGCAGUGCUCAGGAAUACAGCCUCUUACUCCAUUCCAGGCUGGCAUCUGCAAAUCAUUUUGGCUACACAGAGGUCAAAGAAGUGUGGUGGUUGUUGGAUUUAAUUUAAAUUGGUAUAUUGUGCUCAUCAGUUUGUAGUAGAAAUUUGAACCCGGAUCCAUACAGUCAUCUUCUAAUGGAACAACAACUUGCAUAGUUGUUGAAUCCACUGUGAAAAUUAACUGAACAGCUGGCUAAUAUUAUCUGAGCACCUCUUUGUAAGUGGUGUGGAUGAGGUUCCAGUUGUUUGGUGGUUUAUUUCCAUUAUGGUGUAUUGUUUUCCUGCAGCUGAAUGACAGAAAGAUUGCUUUUGGCAGGAUUUCUGUCUCCAAAUUACAUCAAAAAUGCAAACUUAGUAAAAUCCUCAACUGGCCUCAUUAAUUAAGUUUUCAGAUCAUUUAUUCUUUGGUCUUCCAUACAGAGCUUGUGGGUGUGAUGAACUGUUUGAA